GCGUUGCGGUAGCGCCCGGAAUAGGACCGUUGCGAGGAAGUCGGUUCCAACUGGGCCCGGGCGCCGGGGGGGGAGGCGGGCCUGCAUGCCAGGACUGUGGGGCCCUUUAGGCGCAAGUACUGGAAUUCCGGUCGCGGCGACUGGGAGCGGCCGGGCCCAGCGGGACGGCGCGGACUCACCUGCGCUUAGAGCCCAUUUCAGCACGUGGAGUCUGCCGCGAGUCCCCGGCGUCCCCACCAGCGCGCUCCAGGAGCCACUUGCCUGAGCGGAAGUCAGCCUGCAGCUCGGGCCCUGGUGGGACCUGCUCGGAGGAAUGGCGCUGCCGGGUUCAAGCACUGUCUUCCUGUUGGCCCUGACAAUCAUAGCCAGCGCCCAGGCUCUGACGCCCACACACUACCUCACCAAGCAUGAUGUGGAGAGACUGAAAGACUCACUGGACCGCCCUUUCACAAGCUUGGAAUCUGCUUUCUACUCCAUCAUGGGACUCAGCAGUCUUGGUGCCCAGGUGCCGGAUGUAAAGAAAGCAUGCACCUUCAUUAAAUCAAACCUUGAUCCCAGCAACGUGGAUUCCCUUUUCUACGCUGCCCAGUCCAGCCAGGCCCUCUCAGGGUGUGAGAUUUCUAUUUCAAAUGAGACCAAAGAUCUGCUUCUGGCCGCUGUCAGUGAAGACUCAUCUGUUACCCAGAUCUACCACGCUGUGGCAGCCCUGAGCGGCCUUGGCCUUCCCUUGGCUUCCCAAGAAGCACUCAGCGCCCUUACUGCUCGCCUCAGCAAGGAAGAGACGGUGCUAGCCACGGUCCAGGCUCUGCAGACGGCAUCCCACCUGUCCCAGCAGGCUGACCUGAGAAGCAUCGUGGAGGAGAUUGAGGACCUUGUUGCCCGCCUGGACGAACUGGGAGGUGUGUACCUCCAGUUUGAAGAAGGAUUGGAAACGACGGCGUUAUUUGUGGCUGCCACCUACAAGCUCAUGGACCAUGUGGGGACUGAGCCAUCCAUUAAGGAGGAUCAGGUCAUCCAGCUCAUGAAUGCCAUCUUCAGCAAGAAGAACUUUGACUCGCUCUCAGAAGCCUUCAGUGUGGCCUCUGCUGCCACGGCACUCUCCCAGAAUCGCUACCAUGUGCCAGUUGUGGUUGUGUCUGAGGGCUCUCCUUCCGACACUCAUGAACAGGCCAUCCUGCGGCUGCAGGUCACCAAUGUUCUGUCCCAGCCUCUGACUCAGGCCUCUGUCAAACUAGAACAUGCUAAGUCUGUUGCUUCCAGAGCCACGGUCCUCCAGAAGACCUCUUUCACUCUCGUAGGGGAUGUUUUUGAACUAAACUUCAUGAAUGUCAAGUUUUCCAGUGGUUAUUAUGACUUCUCUGUCAAAGUCGAGGGUGACAACCGUUACAUUGCAAAUAAUGUAGAGCUCCGAGUCAAGAUCUCCACUGAAGUUGGCAUCACAAAUGUCGAUCUCUCCACUGUGGAUAAGGAUCAGAGCAUUGCACCCAAAACCACCCGGGUGACCUACCCAGCCAAGGCCAAGGGCACGUUCGUCGCGGACAGCCACCAGAACUUUGCUUUGUUCUUCCAGCUGGUAGAUGCAAACACCGGGGCUGAACUCACCCCUCACCAGACAUUUGUCCGACUCCAUAACCAGAAGACUGGCCAGGAAGUGGUGUUUGUUGCUGAACCAGACAGCAAGAACGUGUACAAGUUUGAACUGGAUACUUCCGAGAGAAAGAUCGAAUUUGACUCCGCGUCCGGCACCUACACUCUUUACUUGAUCAUUGGAGAUGCCACUUUGAAGAACCCAAUUCUUUGGAAUGUGGCUGAUGUUGUCAUCAAGUUCCCUGAAGAAGAUGUUCCAUCGACUGUCCUGUCCAAGAACCUUUUCACCCCCAAACAGGAAAUUCAGCACCUGUUCCGGGAGCCUGAGAAGAGGCCCCCCACGGUGGUGUCCAAUACAUUCACCGCCCUGAUCCUCUCGCCCCUGCUCCUGCUCUUUGCUCUGUGGAUUCGGAUUGGUGCCAAUGUCUCCAACUUCACUUUUGCUCCUAGCACAAUUAUCUUUCACCUGGGACAUGCGGCAAUGCUGGGGCUCAUGUAUGUCUACUGGACUCAACUCAACAUGUUCCAGACCCUAAAGUACCUGGCCAUCUUGGGCAGUGUGACGUUUCUGGCUGGUAAUCGGAUGCUGGCCCAGCAGGCAAUCAAAAGGAUCGCUGCAGAGCAGAGCAGUAGAUUGGCAAAAUAUAGGACAUUACGAACAGCACAUUAGUUCCUGAAAAAGGAAGGCAAUUCUGAAACCUGAAAUGAAUGUCAAGAACAAGUCACAGUUUGAAAAGAGGAAUGAAAAAAUUCUUUAUUUAAAAAGAAAGUUGAAAUUGUGGUUAUACUUUCGCUUGUUUUUCUGUUGCCCCAACGCAGAGCAGACGCCUGUGAACCCAGAUACUCCGUUUCUUUGGCGUGGUGCCCCAGCAGGAGGCUGUGAAUAUUCCACACUUACCCAGACAUUGCCUUUGAAAAGCUGAAGUCUGUAAGGAAUCUGUUUUGGAAUAAAGAGAAUAACGGGAACGAA